AGCUGGUGGACAAGAAAGCUAGUUAUCUUGCCCAAGUUGUGGAGGAAUUGCAAUAGCUGCUUUAUUUUAUGAAAUGUUGAUUUAAGCAAAGAAGAUUUAGAGAAGAUUUAUUUUUCUAGAAAAAAACAACCUGACCUUUUAAGUUUUUCAGCUUGAACCUGUCUCACUCAAAUUAAGAACGUUUGUAGCUAAAGAAGGUUUAUUGGACUUGGAGGUUGCAGCUGGAGUGAAACAACAUUUCGGUAUUAAGCAUAGUGAAUCUAUGGGUGUUGUAAGUGUUGGCUGUAUCCCAAGUGGAAUUGAAUGUUAUUAAACCCUUUCAAGAACUUCAUUUCUGUCUACCAACAGGUUUUUGCUACAAUCCAGUAGACUUGGGAAGUUUCUAAAUAGUUGAAGUUGGUUAGUUCGAAAUUUUAAGAAAAGGAAACAGUUAAAAACAGAGCUUGACAGGUUACCCAGUUGACCCAAUGUGUUAGGGGCAGUUUCAAAGACUGAUGUGAGGAGGAGUGGAAAGGGGUCAGUGAGUGAUAUGGUCAUUGUGAAGCAUUGGCUGGACAGUUCUUUACAGCCCCCCUGCACAGCUGCAGGCUGUGAGGUAUGUGGUCCAGAAAUGGAGAUAAAGCUGUUUCUGAGCUCAAACACAGUAGGAAGGCUGCGAAAUGGCUGGCAUUGCCCGGCUGUGUUUGCAUCCUCUCUGUGCCAUUUGAGGGCAGUGGAUUCAGCAUGCAUCUUUGAAAUAGAUCCCAGCUUGUCAGAGCGUAAUUCCCUUCAGGUAAUAGAAACUCUUUUCAUCUGAAGAAUGAUGACGAAGUGAAAGGUGAAGCUUGAGUGAAACGUGUGUUGCAAACAUAAGCCAAGGAAGAUAUAGGCUGUUGAUAAAGGCGAGAACCGAAGUUUGGAGGUAGACAAGCAGGCGAGCGGUUUGCCGGGGCGCAGAGCAUGAAGGCCGGGCGGGCGCGGGGAGCGGGCGCCCGCCGCCCGGCGCGGGGGUGAGCGAGAGAGAGAGCGGAGCGCGUGUGGCCGGCGCCGCUCGGCCGGGAGCUCCCGCGCUCGCGCCCCGCGCCCCGCGCCCGCCGCCGCCGCCGCCGCCCCUGUUGCGAUGGCGCAGAAACCCCGUUGACAAGGCACUGCUUUUUCAUGACGCAAAACGUCAUAUUAUUUCACAAAAAGCCCAGCGAUUUCACCUGAAGAAGCUUGGGAACUCCUGCCAAAAAUUGUAGCACUUCUCACAUUGCAAUGUUGUCAUGGAUGAUGAUGAUGACUCGUGUCUCCUUGAUCUUAUUGGAGACCCACAAGCAUUGAACUAUUUUCUACAUGGACCUAGUAAUAAAUCUAGCAAUGAUGACUUGACUAAUGCAGGAUAUUCUGCAGCCAAUUCAAAUUCAAUUUUCGCCAACUCUAGUAAUGCUGAUCCUAAGUCAUCCCUCAAAGGUGUAAGCAACCAGCUUGGAGAAGGGCCCAGUGAUGGACUGCCACUUUCAAGUAGCCUCCAGUUUCUUGAAGAUGAACUCGAGUCUUCUCCUCUUCCUGAUCUCACUGAGGACCAACCUUUCGACAUUCUUCAGAAAUCCUUGCAAGAGGCCAAUAUCACUGAACAGACAUUGGCAGAAGAGGCAUAUUUGGAUGCCAGUAUAGGUUCAAGCCAACAGUUUGCACAAGCUCAGCUUCAUCCUUCUUCAUCAGCAUCCUUUACUCAGGCUUCUAAUGUUUCUAAUUACUCAGGUCAGACGCUGCAGCCUAUAGGGGUGACGCAUGUGCCUGUUGGAGCAUCGUUUGCAAGCAAUACAGUGGGUGUACAACAUGGCUUUAUGCAACAUGUGGGGAUCAGUGUUCCCAGCCAGCAUUUGUCUAAUAGCAGUCAGAUUAGUGGUUCUGGUCAAAUACAAUUAAUUGGGUCAUUUGGUAAUCAUCCUUCCAUGAUGACUAUUAAUAACCUAGAUGGAUCUCAAAUCAUAUUAAAGGGCAGCGGGCAGCAAGCCCCAUCAAAUGUGAGUGGAGGGCUCCUGGUUCAUAGACAGACUCCUAAUGGCAACUCCUUGUUUGGGAACUCCAGUUCCAGUCCAGUAGCACAGCCUGUUACCGUUCCAUUUAACAGCACAAAUUUUCAAACAUCUUUACCUGUGCAUAACAUCAUCAUACAAAGGGGUCUUGCACCAAAUUCAAAUAAAGUCCCAAUUAAUAUACAGCCAAAGCCUAUCCAGAUGGGUCAGCAAAAUACAUACAAUGUGAACAAUUUGGGAAUUCAGCAGCACCACGUACAACAAGGGAUCUCUUUUGCUUCUGCAAGCUCACCCCAGGGCUCAGUAGUUGGUCCACACAUGUCUGUGAACAUUGUAAACCAACAGAACACAAGAAAGCCAGUCACCUCACAGGCAGUGAGCAGCACUGGGGGCAGUAUUGUUAUUCAUUCCCCCAUGGGCCAACCUCACGCACCCCAAAGUCAGUUCCUUAUACCUACAAGCCUUUCUGUCAGUUCCAACUCGGUACACCACGUCCAGACUAUAAAUGGGCAACUUCUUCAGACUCAACCCUCUCAGCUCAUUUCUGGCCAAGUGGCCUCAGAGCAUGUCAUGUUGAACAGAAACUCUUCCAACAUGCUCAGGACCAACCAACCAUAUUCUGGACAGAUGCUUAACAACCAGAAUACUGCCGUCCACUUAGUGUCUGGACAGACAUUUGCUGCCUCUGGAAGUCCAGUGAUAGCCAAUCAUGCCUCUCCUCAGCUUGUGGGUGGACAAAUGCCCUUGCAGCAGGCGUCCCCAACCGUAUUACACCUGUCACCUGGGCAGAGCAGCGUUUCCCAAGGAAGACCUGGCUUCACCACCAUGCCCUCGGUGACAAGCAUGUCAGGACCUAGUCGGUUCCCUGCUGUCAGCUCAGCCAGCACUGCCCAUCCUAGUCUUGGGUCUGCAGUUCAGUCUGGUUCAUCAGGAUCAAACUUUACAGAUCAGCUGACCCAGCCGAACAGGACUCCGGUACCAGUCAGUGUGUCUCAUCGUCUUCCAGUUUCUUCUUCCAAGUCUACCAGCACCUUCAGUAACACACCUGCAACAGGAACCCAGCAACAAUUCUUCUGCCAGGCUCAGAAAAAAUGUCUGAAUCAGACUUCCCCCAUUUCUGCUCCCAAGACCACAGACGGCCUGAGGCAAGCACAGAUCCCUGGGCUCUUGAGCACCACACUGCCAGGGCAGGAUUCUGGAAGCAAAGUUAUAUCUGCGUCCUUAGGAACCACACAACCACAGCAGGAAAAAGUAGUUGGAUCAUCUCCUGGCCAUCCAGCUGUGCAGGUGGAUAGUCAUUCGGGAGGACAAAAAAGGCCUGCUGCAAAACAGCUAACUAAAGGAGCUUUCAUUCUCCAACAGUUGCAGAGGGACCAAGCCCACACUGUGACACCGGACAAAAGUCACUUCCGAUCACUAAGUGAUGCGGUACAGAGACUGCUCUCCUACCACGUGUGCCAGGGCUCCAUGCCCACUGAAGAAGACUUGAGAAAAGUGGACAAUGAAUUUGAGACAGUUGCCACUCAGCUCCUAAAAAGGACCCAAGCUAUGCUUAACAAAUACAGAUGCCUGCUCCUAGAAGAUGCCAUGCGAAUCAAUCCCUCUGCUGAGAUGGUGAUGAUCGAUAGGAUGUUCAACCAGGAGGAAAGAGCUUCCCUGUCCCGAGACAAGCGCCUGGCACUUGUAGACCCUGAGGGUUUUCAGGCUGAUUUCUGUUGUUCCUUCAAACUUGAUAAAGCUGCUCAUGAGACACAGUUUGGCCGGAGUGACCAGCAUGGCAGCAAAGCAAGCAGCUCUCUGCAUCCGCCAGCCAAGGCCCAAGGCAGAGACCGAGCCAAAACCAGUGUGACGGAACCCAUGAAUCAUGACCAGUUUCAUCUAGUGCCUAAUCACAUCGUGGUCUCUGCAGAAGGAAACAUUUCUAAAAAAACAGAAUGCCUUGGCAGAGCACUGAAAUUUGACAAAGUGGGCUUAGUGCAGUACCAGAGCACGUCUGAAGAGAAGGCCAGCCGGAGAGAGCCUCUGAAGGCCAGUGAGUGCUCUCCCGGCCCUGAGGGGCACCGGAAAACCUCAUCCAGAUCGGAUCAUGGUACUGAGAGCAAACUCUCAAGCAUCCUAGCAGAUUCGCACUUGGAGAUGACGUGUAACAAUUCCUUCCAGGACAAAAGUCUGAGGAAUUCUCCAAAGAAUGAAGUUUUACACACAGACAUCAUGAAAGGGUCAGGCGAGCCCCAGCCAGAUCUCCAGCUGACGAAGAGCUUGGAAACCACAUUUAAGAACAUCUUGGAACUCAAAAAGGCGGGACGGCAGCCCCAGAGUGACCCCACGGUUAGCGGCUCUGUUGAGUUAGAUUUCCCCAACUUUUCUCCUAUGGCUUCACAGGAAAACUGCCUGGAAAAGUUCAUCCCGGACCACAGUGAAGGUGUUGUAGAAACUGACUCCAUUUUAGAAGCAGCUGUAAAUAGUAUCCUAGAGUGUUAAUAGCAGUAGUCCUCCCCCUACCCCGCCCCGAGACCCCACCCCACGACCCCACCCCGGACCAGUUACAUUCGUUCCUGGCAAAAGCAAAUGGAAAUGGUCUCCUGUCUCCAGCCUGCUUGAUCUUUCAUCACAGGUUAUUCUUUCUAAUCUCAAUCCUGUUCUUUGUUUAAGAGCAAUACUUGUCGUGAUUACAGGGAGAUCCUUUAGUAAAAUUAAUCCUUGGCAGAAAGCAGUCUGAUAGGCCCCACUCAUUUCAAGUGUUAUGAAAGUGCUUAUAGUCAUUUUGUUUAUUUGUUUUGUUUUUUAAAAACACUGUAACUCAAUGAGACCACAGUAUACUUGGCCCUUGGUAAAAUUUUGACAAUCAUAAGUCAUUUGAAAAGAACAGACUUACUAAAAUCAAACGAGACAGAUAGAAGCUACUUUUUAAAGACUAUCCCACUGCAUCUCCAAAUUUAGUUUUGGCUUUUUUUAUUAUUAUUAUUUUGAGUUUUUUUGUGUGCAUUUUGUUGUUGUUGUUGAGGGAAAGACCACAUGGUUCUUCCCCCUCAGCCAUCUUUGAGCAGUAAAUUGCUGGCUGUGCUGCCAGGGACCCGCAGCCCUGGUGGAAAAGCCAGUAGCACAUACGCAGGGCAUUGCAGGGCUUCCCUGUUGAUGGUUCAAGUGCUUUUCUGAUGCUUCUGGAGCAAAACCUCAUGCUUUUAGGCAUAUCUGUGUUGAAUUUCACCUAGGGAAUGUUCUGUUCUUAGUUACAGCAGCAAAAUCUGAAAUAAUUUCACCAGGCUAAAUAAAGGAAAAUGGAAACCAGUGAAGAGGCACAGUGUACAGAGGAGGCCGGGAUAGAGCCAUGAGGGUUAUAAUAUUAAUAUGUAUAUAUGUAAAAGCAUACAUAUGUUAACUAUUGAGAAAAAACAAGUUUUGCAUUUUAUAAUUGGAUAUAGUCAACAUAUGAUGUAUGUUUUUGUUUGUUGCUGGAUUUUGUUUCAUUUAACCUCUCUUUGCACCCUCUCCCACAACAAAUACCAAGCAUCAAAAGCACUUUCAUUUGAAAAUUAUUAUGUUGUAAUUUUUCAGUUUAAACUUAAAGGAGACUCUGGCCUUGUUUAUGCUUCUUGUCUGAGAACAGUAGUGACCCCUGGCAGCAAUUCAUUACCAAAACACAGACAAACCAAAGGUAACCAGCUAGCCCACCACUGAAAGGAAAGAUCUGAGACAUGGGAUUCCCAUUUGAGAGCCAAAGGAUAUGCCCUGUCACGGUUUCUGUUUGGCCUGUGUUCAUAUUAGUGAGCAUGGCUUAUUGCUUUAUUUAUUUUUAUUUCUUGUCAGGGAGUAUUCUCCGUUUUCCUUUCUCGUAUACCUGCCCAGAUUAUCCCAUUUUUGUUGUUACCUUUAUUCUUAAUGUCAUUGUAACCAUCACUUAUCUCCUCUCAUUGGGAAAGCUACAUGAUAGUAUUUUUAUGCACUCUUCUCCCACACAUACACACACGUGCAUGUAUCUGAGCUGCUCGGAUCCAGAGGUCAUUUUUGUUACAGUGUGUGCACACUCACUGUCCUUCUUAGUGUGCAUACUCUCUCAUUUAUUCUGUUUAUCUCCCUGGCUCUGGAGGUGCAGCCACUGGUCUUCACUUUAAUGUGUUGCCAGAAUCUGCUUCUGGCUGUCGCCAGCAUGGGGAUGACCCCCAUUGUCAUCAUGUUGGGCAUUUCUUUUCCAGAUCGGCCUGUGAUGGAAAGGAAGACUUCUGAUUAGAAAACACAGCAACAGAAGACCUGUACCCCAGUGCCCCUGUGUCCCACUACACACAAAAAACCCUGUGAGAUGGCCAAUCUUCAUAAUAGCAAUGUACCUUCACCCCAACCACAUGCCCCAGCCAAUACAAAUUGGAAAAUCUGGGCCAUUUUAGGGUUACCAUUUUUUCCUUAUUUGUGCCAAUGUCCAAGUUGCAGAUUUCCCCUUUUUCCUGUAUUGUAACAUAUUAGAUAAGUUGGUGUUGCCAGUUGGUACUUUCUGUUUGGGUAGCCCUAGGGUAACACCCUGCCCUGAACUCCAUGAUUUCAUAGGCUUUUCUUCCCUUGGGGCUCAUGCUCCCCUAAUUCCUAGCAAGAUGAUCCCUCCUAAUCAAAUUCUUCUCAUUGUGGAACUUUAUCCCUGGAAGCCUUCAUGCGGGCUGCUAGUGAGUUACAUUAAUUACUGCAAAUCAGUGGAAUUCUCAAGAGACAAGAUAAGCUUGAUGUACAUUUGUCACCUCUCUUUCUUCCCUAUCCUGCCCUGCUGUCCCAAUCCUAGCUUUUCUAUAUACCAUCUUAAAGGGUUUUUAAGCCCUAACACUUGUCUAGCAAAUGGAGAGCCUACUUUACCAAAAUGAAACUUGUAAAUUUUUGUGUCAUUGUAUGUAAGUUUACUUUUUAUGGAGGAAGGAUUCUAGAUAAUGACAAAGGAAGAUUAUGACAUGUAUUUUACUCCUGUGAUUAGGUUCUACGCACAUGGGUCACAACUCGCAUGUCGAGCCCCCUCUGGUGAAGGGUAGGAGGGCUCAGCCUCGGAUGGCCAACAUUCAGUUGUUCAGGUUCAUUAGUCAAAGUUAAGUUUUAGAACUAUUUGUACUCAGUAACAAAAAUCAUUUUCUUUCUUUUUUUUUUUUUCUGUUGUUGUGGAAAAGUGUGAAUUUGUUAUUAAGCAUUUGAUUUUCUGUGUCCUUAAGUACUUCCUAAAGAUGAAGCAAAAUUUUAAUCUGGCAAUUAUGAAAAAGAAAUAUUUUAGCUCUGAAGGAUUUAGUAGAUUCUGUUAGAUUAGGGAGGCCUUACAGACUGACUUUACUUAAAGAGGACGCGUCACUCGCUGUCAGUGUGGUGUGGGCUUUAUUUGCUUAAAUACCUUCAUUUGUAUAGUAUGUCUCACUUGAAAUUGCUUUGUAUACAUUUUGUAAAAAUAUUUAUAAAAUGUUUUGUAAAAAAAAAAAAGUAUAACAAAUUGCAGUUUAUUUUGUUAUGUUGGAUAAAUACUGUUAAAAGAAACCAGUCAGUAACUAUAUUGUUAAUCCAUGGUUAGGAAAUGUUUAGUUGGAGAUUACAAAUUGAAACAACCAUUGCAAUACAGCCAAAGAUUUGGGAAAAUG